CCUAGGAUCCUUCCUCCGUCCUCCAUCUUGCCACAGCCACAGGCCUCUGUGACUAUCAUUUCACAUCAGCCCACAGCCAAGACUGCUUCUGCCAUGAACCACGAUGUGCCCGAGUCUUCCCCUGCCCUGGCUUCUGAUUGGGAGUCUGGCCGCUGGAUAGUGACCUCCACGACCCUCGCUCUGGAACAACCUGUUUAUACAAUUCUUUCUGAAGCCUAAAGUGCCUGCAAGAGGGGUGUGAGGAAACAUAAAAGACUGGGCACUAUCAUCCCCAGGAACCGGCGACAGAGACCAAUAGCAACAGAAGUCCAUAGCAUCAGAAGCCAAUAGCAUUCCAGCUGAACUGGCAUCUGCCCAUGUGUCCCUUCCCAACAGGCUGUUUGCUGCCAUGAAGGAUCUUCUUCAGUACGCUGCCUGCUUCUUGGCCAUAUUCUCCACUGGGUUUUUGAUCGUGGCCACCUGGACGGACUGUUGGAUGGUGAACGCUGAUGACUCCCUGGAGGUGAGCACUAAAUGCAGAGGCCUGUGGUGGGAGUGUGUAACAAACGCUUUUGAUGGGAUUCGAACCUGCGAUGAGUACGACUCCAUAUAUGCAGAACAUCCCUUGAAGCUGGUGGUAACUCGAGCACUGAUGAUCACAGCUGACAUUUUAGCUGGCUUUGGAUUCAUCACCCUGCUCCUUGGUCUUGACUGUGUGAAGUUCCUACCUGAUGAGCCACAAAUUAAAGUCCGCCUUUGCUUUGUUGCAGGGACCACAUUACUCAUUGCAGGUACCCCAGGAAUCAUUGGUUCGGUGUGGUAUGCUGUGGAUGUUUAUGUUGAACGCUCCUCUCUCAUUUUACACAAUAUAUUUCUUGGGAUCCAAUAUAAAUUUGGUUGGUCCUGCUGGCUUGGAAUGGCUGGGUCUUUGGGUUGCUUUUUGGCAGGAGCUCUCCUCACCUGCUGUUUGUACCUCUUCAAAGAUGUUGGGCCUGAGAGGAACUACCCUUAUGCCAUGAGGAAGCCCUAUUCAACUGCAGGUGUGUCCAUGGCCAAGUCCUACAAGGCCCCUCGGACAGAGACAGCCAAAAUGUAUGCUGUAGACACCAGAGUAUAAAAUCUGCCAAAUGUUAAUCUGUGUUCCUGUGCUGUUUAAUUACUCAAUCAAUGUAUUCAAGUUAAUAAAAUAAAUGAUUGACUUUGAAGCAUUUAUUUACAUUUCUGAUUCAAAUUAAUUAAUUGUUGGUUCAAUCAAAAUGUUUGAUUCGUCUCCCAUGACUCUCUCUACUACGCCCCCAACAGUCUCUCUGUAUUUUCGGUUGACACUGAUAAAAUGUAGAAAUAUGUUUUAGGUGUCUUUAUUGCUUUUGGGGGUUAUGGCACAGGAAUAUUAAAGUGAAGUGAUGCUUCAGAAACACAAAGCAAUUUUAAGCAAGUCCAAGGUCCUAAUUUUGAAAGGAUAGAGGAGCUUUUAGUUCUCCCUGACUCAAAGCACGAUUUUUAUUCUCUCAGGGAAUUUAUCAAUAACUUGAAAGAAGGUUAUUGUUCUAAUUUUAAACUUGUAUAUCAGAAUCUAACACACUCAAAUAUUAUUAAACUGGAAAAAGAAAAUACCAGUCCCAUGUUCUUGCUUCCAGUGGAUGCUGCAAAUAGGAACUUCCCCUUCACACUCUAAAUGUCAAUGGUGAAUGCUAAAUUAACAUUGGAGUCAGGGGUGAUUUCUCCUCACUAAUGCAAGAGGUCAGGUUAUAAUUUUCAUAGCACUCCAAAGCUGCCUAUACAUAGACAAUUCUUGUUCUAUUGUAUAAUAACUUGACCAGGGAGUUACUCACAUGUAUAUUGACAGUCUGAAAUGGACUACAUUAGAAAUUACCUGCUAAGAUGCCCACACAUCUCCAGGUGCUCAGAAUCUAGCUGCUUAACACCCAGUAUGUUACAAGACAUAGAAAACAAAUAUUUACUCUAAUACACUAGAGUUGAUCCUCAAAUCUACUGAAGAAAUUUCUCAUAAAAUAUAAACAGUGUGUUUUUAGGAAAACAAAGGAGAGUAUAAAAAUGUAAAGGAACGAGUGUAGCCUCUACAUGAGACACAGGCACAUUUACAGUGUGGUCAUCUUGAACAUUCGAACUCAUUGAGUUCUUGGAAAAGCUAAAAAAGUUAAUCUCAAAUUACCUGAUAUCUUCUACUUUAAACAGAUUAACAUUAAUACUCUUGUGCUAACCUAAAAAAUAUAAAAUAAUCUAAAAUUUAGUUCUUUGUAGAAAGAGCAGAAAGGAAGUUGUGAAUUUCUGGACCCCUCCCCCAAAGUUAGGCUUCUAAGGACAAUGUGAAUAUGAAAUGAUGAAACUUACUAUGUGUAAUGGACUCAUGAAGAUGUCACUGGCUGCCCAUUUACUACUAUCUUCUGGAAAGGUUCUAAUCUAUUCACACUACUAAGAGCAGCUGAAUCCUCCUAGGACAUCACAGGGAUAUCAUUAAUGGGGUGAUUGACAAGUUGUAGAUUAUGGAUAGUGCCUAUGUGGAUACUAUAUGCAUUUCAAAACAUUUUUGUGCUUUUUUUCCUCACUUUUUUUCUUUUUAAUUUUGAGUGUUAGUUGGGGGUAGAUGGGU